AUGCUCAGGUUGUACGAAGGAAUGGUUUUCCUUCCAAGCUGCCCUCCAGACUGCACCUUUGUUCAAAUAAUACACCAUGAAACAAUUGGAGUCCAGCCUGGAGAGGAGUACCCCAUUCCUGUAUUCCUCAGCUACCAGGUGGUGUUCGCCAAUCUUUGUAUUCAUGAAGGUAAGGCAAGUCUCAUGACCGUGAAUUACAUCCAGGCCUACACGUCCUCCGAGGAGAAUGGAGUGCUUUCUUACAGGGAGUUCCAAGGGGUCGAGAUCACAAAGCAGAGGACAUUGAAGUCUGAGAUAUAUGAAGUGCUUCCUCCAUUUGGAAUCCGGGAGUACUUCGAUGGAGCGUUUCUCUUCUUCAGGCUGGAAAAGCUGUUUGGAGGCGACGAGGUGAAGGGGUAUGAGCUGCAUAGCGAGAGGAACGAAUACAUAGAGAGAAGAGGAUCCAUUUACAAAGCGUAUCCGGGCAGCAGGCAUAGCUUGGAGUAUUCCAUCUCUGGGGAGAACUUCAUGUAUAGAUUUAGGUCCAGAUGUGUUUCUGGAUGCCCAUUUCACUUCAGACUCUGGAGCGCCUCGGAUGUGGUGUACUUCACGGCAAGGCCUCAAAACAGCAUUCUGGAGGUAGAGUGCCCGGGAAUAAUGACGUCAGACACAUCGAAGGGAACUAUCAGCAUUCCCUUGGACCAGCUCCGCAGGCAAGGAGGCUUCUUGUGUGUUGGAGGAUAUAGGAUCGGCUUUUUGCCUGAGUUCCACAUGCAUCACUCCGACCGCUAG